AUGGAGCGUCUCUUAUCAAGCGUGUACGCCCGGGAGCCGCACGUGAAAGUGGCGGUGGCGGUAACUGGCGGUGGUGUUUCUGCAGCUGAAGUCCUUUUUCGUCCAGGAUCGUCGUCCACCAUGCAGCACUUUGUUGUUCCCUAUUCACGUGCGAGUCUGCAGUCAUUUCUGGGCGCAGUCUCUCCGACGUCUUCUACGCUCAAAUUUUGCUCAGCGGAGACGUCGGAAUGCAUGGCAUUUGCUGCAUGGAAAAAGGCAAACGACAUGACGAGGCAAGAAGCAGAGGAACACGACGCCCAAGCUGCUGUUUUAGUGAGCAGCGCUGUGCAGCGAUUUAGCACCUCUUUAGGGAUCGCGUGCACUGCUGGACUUGCUACCAACUGGGCCAAAAAGGGUCCACACGAGUGCUUCUUGUCCGUUUGUCAGGCUCGCUUUAGUUCCAAAAACCGCACGUACUUGCGGCCGCAGUGUGAAACGUACCACCUCCAAUUCGACAAGACGCUGGGACGCUCAAGAACGGAAGAAGACCACAUUGUGAGUCGGUGGCUUGUGUUUCUCCUGGCCAAGGCUGCAGAUGUGGAUUCAGAGACUUGCCAUGCUUUUCAUGAUGAAUUGACGUCUGCUCAGGUUGGAAAUGAUACUGUCGUGAGGGUGACAGCAUGUGAAGGGCACAACGAUGACCCACUGGAUGGCAUUUGUUGUGGCCCGUCGGGCCAGUUGACAAGUGUUGCCUUCUUACCGGAAGAAUCGAAAGUCGGCGGGACUACUGCUCCAAUUGCUGCCCAAGGAUUUGAGUUCCGUGGGCUCGUGCUGCCAGGAUCGUUCAAUCCACUCCACAAGGGCCAUGUCGAUCUCGCACGUGUAACUCAGCAGCUCAUAGAGUCGCGCACGGGACUGAAGAUGCCAGUGGCGUUUGAGCUUGCCGUGUCGAAUGCAGACAAGGGUGCAAUCGACUCAUCUACAAUCUCAUCACGCGUCGCACAAAUCACGCACGGCAGCGGUACUUCCCCAUUGGGCGCUUGGUCGGUACUUAUUACAAAUGCCCCACUAUUCGGCCAGAAAGCCCAGCUUUUCCCUGGGUGUAUAUUUGCUAUAGGCGCCGACACAGCAGUACGCCUUGUGGACAAGAAAUACUACGACAUGGACGAGCACAAGAUGGUGCUGGCAUUGGACCGCAUUGCUCGCAGCGACUGUUCUUUCGUGGUCGCUGGAAGGUUUGACAACAAGGUGGCAAAGAGGUACAUCUCUGCUGAAGAAGUGGUGGAAAAGCACGUCCCGCCAGUGUUCCGCCACCUCUUUGUUCCGCUACCCGAGACAGUUUUCCGGAACGACGUCUCUUCGACUGACAUCCGACGACAGAUGGCUACCACGUAA